AUGUAUACUUCUAUUUUAUUUCAAGCGGCAUUAUUGUCCGUCGCUCAAGCCCACGGUGUUAUCCUUGCUGCUCAAGGUAUCGCAGGAUCCCCCGCAAGUGUUGGAUUUAAAGUCGACGAUGCUAUCGCAAGAAAUUGUACCGGCAUCAGUCCUUGUCAACAAGACACAACCAUUAUUCGUGAUUCCGAAAUCAAAGCCAACAUCGUCAAUGAAUGUGGCCGUACGGAACUGAGCGGCAACAUUGAUGUAGGAGAAAGCACCGAAAAUGCUCUCUCCGCCAAUGCGGUCACAAAAGUCAAAGCCGGUACACUGAUGACCGUCACCAUCCAUCAAGUCAACGCAGAUGGAGCCGGCCCCUACACCUGUGAUCUCGACCAAACUAGCAAUGCUGGUGUCAUUUCUCAAAAUUUAACCGUCACCAAUAACGUACCAGGAGUCAACGGACUAUCCCAAGCCAAAACUCAAGACUUCAACAUCACAGUUCAAAUGCCCGACAACCUUGCCUGCACCGGUGCCUCAACUGGAAAUAUCUGCACCGUCCGUUGCCGUAACAAUGCCGUUGCUGGUCCCUUUGGUGGUUGUUUUGCCGUUCAACAAACCGACAUUGCUGCUACCAAUAACAGCGCCAAUACUAUCUCCACCGCACAAACACUCAAAGCAAUCGAAGCACAAGUCCAAGAGAACAACGUUGAUCUUCCCGUUGCUGUUGCUGCUAAUCAAGCCGCUGGUUCCGCUGACGGCGUAAAGGGUUUCAAUGGUGCUAAUGCCCUUCUCAGCGCCUCCAUAACAUCCAAAGCAGCCCCUGUCAUGACCCUCGCUGUAGAAAAUGUAGGCGUCAACGCAGCUGUUGCAUCUACAACCUCGUCCACCUCAUCCGCAAAAGCAACCGCAACCACUGCCGCCAAAGGAAACGGCAAAGGAAAUGCCAAUGCGAAGGGUAACGGAAACGGAAACGGAAAUGGAAGAAAUAAUAAUAAUAAGGCGAGAGGAUCGAGUUUGAAGUGGGCCAGUAGACUAUUUGCGGCUGAUAGCUGGGAAGAGCCUUCGAACUAG